ACCAAAUAUUACACGUUAACAUUUUUUAUUUUUCGACAAGUCAAGGAGUCCACGUCACCGAGUGGCCUAUCCUAUCCUUUGUUUAUGGAUUGCCGAUUGCGUUAUCAACUCACCCACACAUCCAACACUUCAGUCUUCACGUUGACUCAAUUCUCCCGCCGGUCUAUCGGAGUUACAAAAAUGGCGUACUCCUCCGCCCUUUUCUCCCACAAUGUCUCUUUCACCACCACCCAAUUCUCCAAUCCUAAUCCUAAAUCCUACAAACUAAACAAUCGAAGAACCCUAACUGUAUCCGCACUAGGAGCCGACACAUUUGACGGAACAACACUGGCCGUCAUCGGAGGCGGCUCAGUCGCAGCAAUCGCCGCCGCAAUUUCACUCGCGGACCCAGAGAAGCGCCGGCAGUUACAGGCGGAGGAGGUUGGCGGUGGUGAUAAGGAAGUCGUGAGGGAGUAUUUCACUAACGACGGGUUUCAGAGGUGGAAGAAGAUAUACGGAGACACCGAUGAUGUGAAUAAGGUUCAAUUAGAUAUACGAAUUGGACACGCGAAGACUGUGGAAAAUGUGAUGAAAAUGUUGACAGAUGAAGGUUCGCUACGAGGCGUUACUGUCUGCGAUGCAGGAUGUGGUACCGGAUUGCUCUCUAUCCCGUUAGCCAAAGAAGGCGCCAUUGUUUCAGCUAGUGAUAUUUCAUCUUCCAUGGUUUCGGAAGCUCAGAAAAAGGCAACAGGAGAAUUACAGGGUAAAGAUGAUCUACAGAUGCCCAAAUUUGAAGUGAGUGAUUUGGAAAGCUUAAAUGGGAAGUAUGAUACAGUAGUAUGUCUGGAUGUAUUAAUCCAUUACCCACAAAACAAGGCAGAUGGGAUGAUUGCACACCUUGCAUCACUUGCAGAAAACCGAUUAAUACUCAGUUUUGCACCCAAAACAUUGUAUUAUGAUCUUCUGAAGAGAAUCGGAGAGCUUUUUCCAGGACCUUCAAAGGCAACAAGAGCAUAUCUUCAUUCCGAAGCUGAUAUAGAGCGUGCAUUGCAAAAACUGUUCCUGCUUAGUAUGAAAAGAGAUGAUUGA